UGACGCGACCACGUUUGACACAAAGCGGGGACAUCUUGGUAAGGUCGCCGACACUUAGUGCUGCGUGUCGAAGAACGAUAUGAGCUAGAUUCCUUCAUUACGAACAAAAUGAUGUGUCGACUUUUUUGAAACAGAACGGUAUGCAUUUUAAAUUAUAUCAAAAUGCAACCCAUGACUGGUUUUAUUUUAUUUAUUUUAACCGCCGGCUUGAUAAUUCUGCCUAACUCGAUAAGGUUAGCUAGGUAACUCGGCUAGCAGCAGUGUUUGUUUGCGAGUUAUGCAGCUUUAGUCAGCGAAAUUAAAUGUCAGCUGAAGUGUCGAUCCUGUUUAAACAAAAGAAGGAGGACAAACCGACAACAUGUCGCUUAGAAAAGAAGUAUUUCAGGCAAAAGUCCUGCAGAGACUCUACCCCGCUGCCCGAGAGGUAGAAAAAGUGCUCGAGACGCCUGUCCAUCAUCCCCAAGGUGUUCAACUGAAGCCAAGCAAAGUGACUGGUCAUGUAGGAGUACCUGCUGUAUCAGGCAGGAAGGUGUACACAGUCCUCCCUCCUCCUAAAGACUACGUUCCUGCCAGUGGAGAUGGAUUGUGGUCGCCUACAGAUGCACAGCUUGUCAAUAAUGCAGAUGAGAUGCCUGGGAAAGGGGUUUAUUUGUACACGACUGACACGCCCGUGCUUCGUCCAGCCGAUCUUUCGGGAUCAGAAGACCGCGAUGCCGAUGAAGACGCCGGCCGUGCGAGCAUUAAGAGGAAGCGAAGGAGGAAGAGAAAGGCAGCUACAGUCUCCGAAGGGGAUACGCCUAGCGCCGCCGAAGAUGCUGAGGAGAGGAGUAAAGGGAACGCCGAGGGCUCGGAGUGCCUCAGCAAAAACAAGAGGAGGAAGAUGAAGAAGAAGAGGCACAAGGAGAAGCUGCUCGCACUUGGCCUCGUGCCCCGGUCCACGGCCGUCGAGUUCACUUACAAAGAAAGUGAGGAAAAAGAAGAGGAAGAGGAUGGAGAUAAGAAGGUGGAAGAGAUUCUGGACUUCCUUCAUUCUACACGAGAUCUCUACCUGUCCGAUCGCUCCCGCGGUACAGGCGACCCGUCCGUCUUUCUCAGCGCGACGGAGUCGCUCUCGGCUCGUCUGUCCGACGGUACGUCGCCCCCUGCUGUUCUGUCCGUGCUGUGUCGGCUCGGAGCGCUGCUGCGUCGGAGGGAGGCGGAGAAGUUACACACCGUGCUGCAGGAGUUCACACACACUUCAACACUGCCUAAAGAUGAGACUGAAGUGAUCUGUACUCUAUUCCACUACUGGAUGACUGAAGUUCUUCCUGUGCAAACGGAUCAGUUGACGUGACCACGGCAUACACACUGCAGCUCUGCAGUUCAACUCCUGAUCCAGCUCUCAUGUGGGAGGAGGAAGCCAUUUUCUUUGAGGGCAGUUGUAUGAAUGAAUGUCGUACCGCGUCUACCGCCAUCACUGUUUACGCAUUUGGUGGUUUCAAGACUACAAAGAUCUAGUUUUGUUCAAUGUCCCAAGCAGUGGCCUAUUCCUUACAUCCCAGAAACCAUCAAAAUGCAUUAUGGGUGGUUCUAAAAGUGGGACCGGUGAAGGAUUUAAAUGACUUUAACGCAAAGCGAUAUACGGUUGAGAACGGAUAGGAUAUAACUGAGGGUUAUAUGAAGCGUCUUGCUCAAGGGGCCAAGUGUGGCAGCUUGGUGGUGCUGGGAUUUGAACUUGUGACCAGUAGCCCAGUGCCUUCACGACUAAUCCGCCAGUUCCUGAAGCAUAGCCAGGGGGUCUGUGAUGUUUUUAAAAACUUUAUUACAGUGCUUUUAAACACAACCCUUUAUCAUAAAACAUCAAUAACUCCAAAACGACCAGGCUCAGAAGUAAUUUCAAAUAGGUUUUCAGACAGGUUAUGUGGCUGGCUUAUACACCUAGCUUGUACUAGUACUAAUGCCGAGCCACCUGCUUCUCAGAUGGAGUAAAUUACGCAUAUGCGUGGAAAACCAGCUCUAUGAGGUUCGGCUCGACUGUGAAGUAGUCCCUCGGUGAGCAAGAGCAAGUGACUGCAUGUGUAAUGGCCGCCUUGCAAACAGAAACGCCUCCGUAAAAGUCUCGGUUAUAAAUUUUAGUUAUGGACCGAGUUGAACUGAAUAAAACUUUCACAAUAACAAGCGUGUCGUUAACAGACUUUCAUUUGGGGAAUCACGUUGUUUCAAAAUGAUCUCGAAAAAAAGGACACAGGAACAUACACGAUACUAUGAGUUUGAGGAUUUCUCGUCUUUAAGGCGUUCUUGCCUUUAAAGCUAGCAGCUUCCAGCUUCACAAGCCGUGACCUCUCCCGAUGCUAAAUUUAAAUUACAUUUAUAUUUAAAUUGCAGGUAUUUUUACAGGUGUUACAGGCAUUUCUCAGUAUUGUAACUGAACUCGGAAAGCAGAGGACAUCUGGUCUGUAGUCAAAGGUCUGGUUCGGUUCUGUGGAAGUUUAAGGAGUUCGCCGAAUAUUGAUGUUUAAACACUCCAGUUGAUUGAAGCGAGCGUUAUGUUCCACGUUCCUAACAAUUAGCUUCAUCUUUACCAUAACCUUAGUGAUCAUAAGACCUUUCAAAUUUGCACAACCUGUCAGUUCGCUGUUGCUGCUGAUUAUAAUCGCUUCAAUACUGAGCUCAUAAACAUAAUGAUCGAUCGAAACGUCCGGCCCACUCGUAAUGAGUAGCCUCUGGCUUAGCCUCUUAGCAGCUAAUUAUCUUAGCAGUAAAUGUCAACAGGCCUUCGCUACUCCCUGUCCUUAUUGCUUAGAUGGUGACAUUUAGUCUCUGGCGCAGGCACGAGCACUCAUUAUCUCCCUGCUCCUCACACGGUCCGACCAGAAAUGAAGGUCACGGCAAAGACGAGUCCGUCAUGCAGGCGAAUUACGAUAAAUUAUUUUUUUUGAUUCCCGAAAAGUUUGGUUUGGCAAAUUAAAACUCCCUGCUCAUAUCUACGUGAGGAGUGUAACAAUCGGCUGAGCUGGUAAGCAAAAAGCUCUUGCUGCAGGUCAGAUAAGAGCCAGCCAGCAUUUUUGUGUCAAUAUUAGACAAAGCAGGUUAGGUGGUGAUUGCCCCUCCUUCCGAAAAGCCCAGAGUGCUCUGAUUGGCCAGCUGACCCAUUGCGUUAUGAUUGGCCAAAAAUCUCAAGUGUAUAUGUCGGAAAUGUUUUGACUAAUCCCACCCACUCCAGCAUGAUAGUUUGACUAAACCCAUCCACUCACGUGAAGAGUUUGACCAAUCCCAUUACUCCUACAGAAAGAUUAAUCAGUCCCACCCACUCCUGCAGAAAGAUUAACCAAUCCCACCACUCUUGCAGAAAGAUUAACCAAUCCCACCACUCUUGAAGAAAGAUUAACCAAUCCCACCACUCCUGCAGAAAGAUUAACCAAUCCCACCACUCUUGAAGAAAGAUUAACCAAUCCCACCAGUCUUGCAGAAAGAUUAACCAAUCCCACCACUCUUACAAAGAUUAACCAAUCCCACCACUCCUGAAGAAAGAUUAACCAAUCCCACCACUCCUGCAAAAAGAUUAACCAAUCCCACCACUCUUGAAGAAAGAUUAACCAAUCCCACCACUCUUACAAAGAUUAACCAAUCCCACCACUCCUGAAGAAAGAUUAACCAAUCCCACCACUCCUGCAAAAAGAUUAACCAAUCCCACCACUCUUACAAAGAUUAACCAAUCCCACCACUCUUGCAGAAAGAUUAACCAAUCCCACCACUCUUACAAAGAUUAACCAAUCCCACCACUCUUGAAGAAAGAUUAACCAAUCCCACUACUCCUGCAAAAAGAUUAACCAAUCCCACCACUCUUACAAAGAUUAACCAAUCCCACCACUCUUGCAGAAAGAUUAACCAAUCCCACCACUCUUACAAAGAUUAACCAAUCCCACCACUCUUGCAGAAAGAUUAACCAAUCCCACCACUCUUACAAAGAUUAACCAAUCCCACCACUCUUGAAGAAAGAUUAACCAAUCCCACUACUCCUGCAAAAAGAUUAACCAAUCCCACCACUCUUACAAAGAUUAACCAAUCCCACCACUCUUGCAGAAAGAUUAACCAAUCCCACCACUCUUACAAAGAUUAACCAAUCCCACCACUCCUGCAGAAAGAUUAACCAAUCCCACCACUCUUACAAAGAUUAACCAAUCCCACCACUCCUGCAGAAAGAUUAACCAAUCCCACCACUCUUGCAGAAAGAUUAACCAAUCCCACCACUCCUGUAAAAAGAUUAACCAAUCCCACCACUCCUGUAAAAAGAUUAACCAAUCCCACCACUCCUGCAGAAAGAUUAACCAAUCCCACCACUCUUACAAAGAUUAACCAAUCCCACCACUCUUGCAGAAAGAUUAACCAAUCCCACCACUCCUGCAAAAAGAUUAACCAAUCCCACCACUCCUGCAGAAAGAUUAACCAAUCCCACCACUCCUGCAGAAAGAUUAACCAAUCCCACCACUCCUGCAGAAAGAUUAACCAAUCCCACCACUCCUGCAGAAAGAUUAACCAAUCCCACCACUCCUGCAGAAAGAUUAACCAAUCCCACCACUCCUGCAGAAAGAUUAACCAAUCCCACCACUCCUGCAGAAAGUUUAAGCCGUUGUGUCCCUGACCGGGAUAAAGCACAAUGAACGAAUGUGGUAGAAACAUUGUUCAGUGCCACACAAGCAACCCGCCACAUCGAGUGCAUCCUACGUUAAUGAAUGUGGCCUUCCUUUGUCCUGUGAGCUUCAUAUCUGACUGCCCACUCCCCUUGUUUAAUGGACUGUAAAUAAUGAAAAUUCUCCUACGGUGCUUAGAAACUGACCUGUCCUUGAUUCAUUUCAGUUCACUUCAGGCCUCUGUCAAAAAGUUUUCAACCAGGCUUCACACCAUGAAUAAAUUAGCUAUGUUAUGAUUAUCUACUGAAAUAUCAGUAACGGGGGGGGCAUGUCGGCCACAUGCAUAUAUUUACACUUUUAACAGAAGGCCAACAUAGCUGCUUCUACUUUUCAUAAACUUAUCUCAGUUCAGUGCACACUGCACGCCUCUUAGGAGAUUACCAGGGCACGUUGCUCUGGGGCAGAACAAACAACAAGAGUGACUCUCUCUCUUGCGGUAAUUGGAUAUUUAAACAGCAAGUGACAAUGUUCUGGAAGAUCUCUCUACCUUGUACCCUCAUUAAAUCCAACUCACUCCAUGCCUGUGCUUCAUUAAAGCCAUCCCACCUACAUCUCCGAGCGUAUCGGAAAGGAAACACCAGGUGCGCCGAGUCCUAUUAGCGUGAUCUGCGUCGGGAGAGACGGGCGAGGUUUUUAUUCGGUGGUGAAAGAUUCUUUGAGGUUACUCAAACUGACAGACGUGAUGUACGGUAAUUAAAAUGUACUAGAAGAGAAAUAUGCGUACAGCCGAAUCCAUACGCCAGAGUAAGAGACUGUUGGGACGGACUUUAACAAGGUUCAUAGACUUUACGUACACCCUGUACGACUAGCGCUAGGCUGAAAAGAGUCGUCAGUGGAGCUUGAUGUUCAAAGGCUCGGAAUGUUCCCGGUUUUCUGGGAUGCGAUGACAGAUUAUCUGCCAGGUGUUGCAUGCAUCAUAAGCGCUUUAUUAUAUAUUCAGCUCCAGGAAUGCGAGUUUUCAUUUCAUAUCCGUGUUAUUGAGGCUCACAGCCUCCAAAAAAAAAAAACAACACCUUUGAAUGCUUAAAUAUUUGCAUGUAGUUUUAAAUUACAGCCCUGCAUAUGGGAACCUGUAAAAAAUAAUAGUGGCGUUGAGGGAGGACUUCAAUUCCGUUCCGGUUUGAAUCAAAGCCAGGAUCUGUGCCGUGCAUGGCUGAGGAUCUUGAGUUAUAGAGCUUGGAAGAGAAGAUGAUGCAAACAUCAAUGGACGGAGCAUACCAAAAUCUUAUCUUCAUGAUCCUGCAACAAUCUUCAUAAAAUCUUCCAUUUAUCCAAGGGUCCCGCAGAAAUCCCCAAACAAGCCCCGACAAAUCCUCCAAAAAUCGAACAAUCCUCGAAAACCCGACAAGCAAAACUCCAGCAGAUGCCCUCUAAUUCUGAAAAUCCUCCAACAAUCCUGCAACAAUGAUCAGCCAACCGUCACGAAAUCCGUUCAUCCGCAAACAGUCCUCAAAAAUCCUGCAACAACUCUUCAACAUCUUUGGUCUCGUCGACAAACGUGGAAUGUUUCAAAACAGAAGCCAAUUAGUUCAUCUACUUUCUGUUGGAUUUAGUUUUAAUCCCGCUCGUACGGAACCACAGCCGAGCGCAUCAUCACAGUCUCUGUAAUCAUUUGGCUUGGCUCUGAGACCAACCAUCCCCAAGAGAAAACAUCAUCGGCUUAUCAGAAGAGCUGAGAGAGUUGCUGAGUAGCAAUCCCUAGCGGCUGAAGAACUUUACAAAUCCGGACUAAUAAGAAGGGCUUGAGAGAUAACCGGAGAUAUCCUUUACACAAUUACUCGACUGUGAGUCAAUUCAUAACCAGCAGAUAUGCGGAGAUGAAACGUGUCCAUUAGCAGCCCGGUUUAAUCGUGCUUCCCAUGCAACACUUGAUUGAUGUCGUGUCGGUAUGGAAGUGCACCUCGUGUGCAGGAUAAUAAGCUCUCUGGACAAUCAAAUAAUCCUGUCAGUUUUUUUUCCCUCGACUUCAUGUGCGGUUUAGCUAAAGGUUGUGGCGCCAGUUUCGAUUUUUUCAAAUAACCCCACCGUGCUCUCACGUUGUUUAUAGACCGUCCAUUCUGCGAGUCCUUCGACGAGUGUCGGUUUGCCAUACCAAAUAUAAAACACUCUUUUGCCGCUCUGCGUACACCACAGAGUCUGACCAACAACUAUCGUAUUUUGAACUAUUUAUUUAGUCACCGAGCUUCAGUUAUACAGCUAUAUAUGACUCCGUAGGUUAGCUUGAUGAUCUUGAUGCAUAAAGCUUUGAAGCAAAUUGACACGCACGCUAAAAUGUUAUUGCAUCAAUUCCCUUUCACAAUCCUAAUAAUAAAUGUCGCCUGUAGCUUGCCUUCCCAGGAGAUCGAACUCGUCCUACGUCGAUCUAGUACCUAAUAAACCGGCAAGUCAAGUGUGCGUGAUCAUUAGCUAGCAUCAACAAGUCUGUCUGAUGGCUGCUGCAUGGUCAAGGGUGAUAAUCUGGAGGAUUAAUAUUAUACAUGUGAUGCCAGGGUCCAUGUUUUCCCGUCUCUCCACACCUUUGGUUUUGGUGAAAUGACCACAAGGUGGAAUACUGUGACAUACUGUAGAAAAACUCGUCUGUUCCUCUAUAUCGCAUAAUUUUAGAUUACAUUGAAGUGCUGUGCCAUUAUUUUCCAUUUUAUAUGUAUGGUGCGUUUAACAGUGAAAACGACUGCGUUUACACGGACGGCGGUAAUCUGAUCUUUGACCUUAUUCUGAAUAAGACGAUAUUCUGAUUAAGGCGUUUACAUGAGUGGCUUUUAGAAUAUUCAUUUCAUGUUCAGGUUUUACGUGUUAUAGAACGUAGAUGGAUUAACGGCGCACGUCAUUACGUCACCGCGUCACGCCGUCCGACGUCCCUCCGGAAUCUCACGUAUCGACGUACAGUUGGUCUUCGUUAUGGGACCGUAUACAGUUUUGGGUGUUUUUAUUUUUAAUAUUACGAACACUUCAAGUGCGGUUAAUUAUCUGUCGUGCUGUACGUACUAAUAGACGACUGAUUGAAGCCGUGGGCUGCGUCUCAAACCGCGUACUUACCGUCUAUAUAGUAGCCGAGAUACAUGUAUAUCUCCUACUAUAUACUGUAGCAGGUAAGUACGCGGUUUGGGACGCAGCCGUGCUCUCUCGUCCGCCGUCAGACGGUCGAGCGCCGCCGUGCGUGUACGUGUCCUGUCGCACAAUGCGGUGAAAACUCCCACACGACGUUAAUAGUGUGAUUAAGGUGUGUACACGUCUGCGACUAAAACAGGAAUACUCCACACGUCUUAAUUCCGUUCGUGUUUACUCCGAGUGCGACUUUAAUCGGAUUAAGGUCGUCAAUAAUCUCUGUUUACAUGCUAGUCUCUUAAUCAGAGUAUCGUCUUAAUCGGGUUCGUAUCGGAUUCUCGUCGUCCGUGUAAACGUACGGACUGUCGCGAUGCAGCUGUACAAAAAAAAAUCUGGAUAUAAGAUUUCAGUUGAAAUGUCUGCCUAAUAAGCCAUCCAGAGGUGAUUGAGAAACCUUGAGAGAAACCAGACAAAUUAUUUCAUCAUUUCAACCAAACCUCUGAUUAUUUCGACUUAAGUACUUGUGCUCGUGCAUUCUCAUUAUUUCAAGAUGUUAUGUCAUUUAUUUUGAGUUCAUAAUUAAUUACUCUCAUUAUCUUCUCUUUUUUUUUUUUUUUAAUAUAUUAUUUUGACAUAUCUCCUUAUUUUAUUUACUUCAUACCAGCCUCGAGACUAAUUUAUUGAAGAUUAGCUUACAGCAGUAAUAACAUUACACCACAUGCUGUUUCCAAGAUAAUUAGCAUAGCCAGACGUCGCUUAAGUAGAGUUCAGCUGACGUGUAUGCAUUUUUAAUUUUGGUUUUGAGCCCUAACGCUUAAACUGACUGAACUCCAUAAUAUUCAUAACACUUAUUUAAAUAACGUAAACAUACUUUGAAUUAUUCCGUAUAAAUAAUGGCCAUGCCAGGCACAGAACGGAAAAAAAAAGAUAAGCGUAUAAAUGCGAUUUUUUUUUUUUUCCCCUGGCGUCCAUGUCGGAGCAAGUACGUAAGCAAACUUAGAUAUCACAUCAUCAACUGCUGAGAUGGAAAACAAAAUCACCCUGAAGGAUUAUCCAGGAGAAAAUUCAACAACCGGUUUCCCUUCUCCUCUUAUAGACGUAGUGAAGUAGCCGCUCAGGCUUCCGCACGCUUUCCUGACAGAUUUCAGCUCUCCGCAUCUUCCGAUAAGAACGUUCUCAUUUUUCUGCAGAGAACAUUCUCAAAAUCCCCCUCGCUACUGUCUCUUAUCAGUCUUUCAUAACCCUGACACGCGAAUAUUAAAACCCAGAAGCAGAACCUCUGGGUGUGUUAAUAUCCAGAGGUCCAGCUGCAGAGACAGGUUUUAGUCUGGGCAUGCAGAGGCCAACCUUGAGGAAGAGAAAUUAAUAAACCAAGAAUAGAGACCUCAGGCUUUGGUAUAUUAAACCCCUUUGGUGAGGGCUGCAGUCAUGUGGAUAUUAAACCAAUAAGGAAUCGAUGAGUGAGCAGCACACCGAGCGGAACUAAGAGGCUCAGGACUCCCAAGGAUCAGGGUCACAUCGAUCAUUUUGUCCACAGUGUUCAUAAAUUAUACACCAUAGCCGGUAAAUACCGGUUUUUGACUGUUACAAAUUCUAAACGUCCGAUAAAGUAAAAUCGGAAAAACCGUUAGACAAAGUGCAUUCACGAUGGAACGCCUAAGUAAGCUCUCUGUCUGCUUUAAAAAUUAGUUUUUCACGAUUCUCUUCACUUGACCCAUUGAACGAUACUCUCGCUCUCUCUCGUUAAGUAAACACAGGCUAACAGCGGGCAUUCUACCAUGCCCCUGCCGCCACAAUCACACGUACUACACAUAUACAUAUCAAUUUUUUCCAGUUGGUCCGGUAAACUUAAUCAUUCCUGGACACGUUGGCCGGCACUAAAAUUUCUUAGCGGAAACUCUGGACCAAACCACAUACACCACAGUGCUGUCGAAUUUUGCAUUCUGAUUGGUCAGUUAAUGUUCACUAAUUUUCUAUACCAUCUGCUCGGACAGUUUUGAGGGCAUGAGGUGUGUGGCACCUUAGCCUGGGCACAGGUGGUGCCAGAGGAGAUGAAUCUAUGAAUAUCGGUGACCAUCGUGGGACACCAGUAGCUUUCCUUCCAAAGAUGAUGGGUUCUUUGAGUGCCUGGACGCCCUGUAGCUGGUGCUUUGUCCGCCCAGGUAAUGAGUCUACGCCUCAAACUGGGUGGGGUUUGAAGCUGCACCCCACAGGGCAUGCGGUGGGGGUUGGAACUGUUGAGCACGAGAUUUCAUCAUCAAUGUCCCGAAUGAUGGCUGUAAUGAAGCAGGAGGAAGACCGGAUGGGUUCGAGGCUUGGAUCUUAGACGGGACAAGGAGCCGGGGCGAUAUGUAAGUGUGAAAUUAAAUCGGGUGGAAAAACGGAGCCCACGCGUCGAAUAUACAAACGUACAAUAGCACAGUACACAUUACACACAAUACAAUACGGCGAGAUGUAAGUGAUCUUGUAUACAUGGUAUACAAAACAUAGUCUUAUGUGGUAUGUACUGGUGUUGGUAUAAGUGUGCAUGUAGGGAUUAUUUUAGUAAUAAUAAAUAUACUUCGGUAUAUCCGUGAAAGUC